UCAUAAAUGAUGUAUUUAACUUACACACCGCUGACCCAAAAGUUUAUUGGGUACGAAUGGACAAAGAAAAUAACAUCCUGAAAUCAGGAUUUCUGCUGAAAUGGCUGAUCAAGCGCUGGAAGAUUCGUUGGUUUACCCUUCAUGAAGAUGAAUUGAGAUGUCACCCAAAGAGAGACAAAUCAGUUGUGAUUGAAACAAUACCUUUGCAAGGUGCAUCAGUUGUCUGCCCUUGUUUUGAUGAGCCAGAUGUUAAUGUGGAGCAUGCAUUUAAAGUGACAACUCCAAAUGGUGGGGAGCUGUUAUUUCAGGCUGCAGGUUUGCAGGAUAGAGAUAGAUGGGCCCAUGCCAUCGGUGCUGUUAUACGCUCAAUCACAUCUUCUAGUCAGGUAUCAAGCAGCCCAGUGAAAUUUCAACACUUCAGAGCCAAAGCAAAUGUCACUGAGGUGCUUGGGGCUUUGCAAGACCCUGAUGCUGGUGUGGAAAUGAAAAGUCAUGUACGUAAUGGUAUUGUACACAAGAACUGUUUCAAAGGAAGUGAUAUCAUACAGUGGCUGUUACGCUGGAACAUCGUCCGCAAACGUAAUGAUGGUGUAGCACUGGCACAAACCUUGUUAAAGCUUGGUCACUUACAGGAAGUGGAUAUUUCUGAUGGAACUGCUGGGGCAUCGCAGUUCUUUAAAGAUGAUGAAAAGCUCUAUAGAUUUACAUCCUUGAAUCUUGGUGCUCAACGUAACAGUUACUUUGAUAGCUCAGAUAGUGACUCUAGUCUUUCAGAUGAUGACGAUGAUGAUACCAGAAUAGUGGAGAAAGUAAAGAAAGGAAAAGUCAUCAAAGCUGGCUUCCUCUCCAAAAAGAAAUCCCUUCGUAAAGGCUGGCGUUUUGUGAGAGUUUUACUUAGAGACAAUCCACCACUCUUGGAAUACGAAUGCCCCUAUCAACGUACAUUUAAGGAUCAAAAGAUUGACCCAAAGAGGUCGAAGUGUAUUGAUCUACAGAUCUGUUACCUUACAGACUCCAGCAGAAGUACAACUGUUAAAGGAGAUGACAAAAUGCAACAACCGUCUGGGAAGUUACGUUUCUAUGUUCGAACAAAAGGUGGAAAGUGCCGCACAUUCCAGACGAAGGAUGAUGAAGAAUGGUUUGAGUAUAUAUCACUGCUACAGACGCUGUGUCUAGCUGGGUCGUCUGCUGCGAAAUCCAAAACUACUGAGUAGAGAUGCUGAAAACCUGUUUGCUUGAUUAAAAGAAAAUAAUUAGAAUAUGUUCUUGUAACUAUUGCUUAAUAGUAGUAAUUUUUAAUGUACUUUGAGGGAUAUUGAAAAUCAGGUAGAAUAGAUCUUGUCUCAUUUUAGUAUUAAGUAAAAUAUCGAAGAAUACUAAGAGUUGUGUUACUAUACCAGUGGUUGGCUUCGGCAUCAAACCUUGGUUAAAGAUUUUUGUGCAAGGCAACUUGUCAUUAACCAUUACAUGUAUUGGAUUGAUUACCCUGUAAGUUAUAUUUUGGGCAAGAUAAAAUUAGGGCCAUUUUUGGACUUUGAAAAAAAAUUAUUAAAAUGUUUUUUUAAUGCAAGCUGAUAUCAUUGCCAUAAUAGAACUUGAUUUGUGAAAAGCAAUAAUGAAAGUUAUGGCCCUUGUUUGAUUUAGAUAUUGUUAGCUGUUGUAGAAACAGCUCUUGCCUUUAUUAGAUGCUGUUGCUUGGUUAUGUUAUAACCAUUAUAGUAUUCAUUUUUAAUAAGGGACGACUGUAUAGUAUAUAGGUAGGUUAUACAUUCUUGUCUGCCUAAUAGGGAGAGACAAGGUUCUUGUCUUGAUAGAUCACCUUAUUUUUUUCCGUAGGGAAAAUACUUGCUACUAAGUGCAUGUGUGCACAACUUUUUGAUAUACAUAUCUUUUGAGAUUUUGCAAUGAUAGGCAAGAAAAAUGACCAUAAAUAUUUGCCUGUGUCAGACAGGUGUUUUCCCAACCCUCAGGAUGCAUGAAGAAGAAAUCUGGCUAACAGCUUUGUUUCUCAUUCCCUGCUGUCAUUAGGCUGGAAAAACCCUGUCAUACACUGGCAGACAUGUAAGGUUGAUUAUAUUGUGGUGAGGCUUGAAGGAAUCUCAAAUUUUUUUUAUGGAUUUCAUAUUGGUAUAACCAGGAAAAAAAACUUUACAAAGGGUGUAUAUAAAAUAAACCACACAGUUAUUGCUCAUAAUCAAGAGACUUGUUGAAUUGUUUGCUCUGUUUUUAACAGUAUAUGUGUAAAUAGAUUUAGUAUUUAGGGUGCAAAUGAAGUUACAUUUUUUUACCAGUGAAAUAGAUCUUAUAACAGUUUGCCCAUUAGAUAUGACUUUAGCAUUGAUGACUUUUCACUGCCAGGUACCUCAUGUUUUUAUUUCGAUGUAAAUGAGAUGUGAAACCAAAAUUUGUAGUCCUGUUUGGCGCCAUAUAAAUUACACUUUGUUGGUGCACUGUAAAACCUGAAUAAAUAAAUAAAUAAGGUAUGUAAAAGUGUAUGUCUCAAACUUGCUGUGGAUAGAACUAGAAACUGAUCAUUUCACAAGAUUUUGGUAAUCCAGUUGAUUGUUUUGACAUAAAAAAAUUUAGUGCAUAUCAAGCUUGGAACCGUAUGGACAGUGUGUUCACAAUUUAUCUUUGAUAUUUUCAGAAGAUUUAUUCAUAGUGUGAUUGUUAAUUACAUUUGAUUCAUGAAGUAAUUGAUCUUUCCCUUGAAUGUCUAGUCAUUUGUACACUUGUGUUGAUAAUUGAUUUUUGUUGGUUAUUCUAUUAUAAUGAGGAAAUGUAUUAUACCAUUGUUAGUACAUGGCUCGUUUAAUACAGUCAGCCCUGGCUAAGAUGACACAGGGGAGCCAAAUAAUGGUAUUUAUUUGUAUGGUAUUUGUUUGUAUGGUAUUUGUUUGUAUGAACCAGCUGAUGUCCAGAGACAUGUUCACUGUUAGUUUUUAACACAGGUUUGACUAUGUAUGCUGUGUGUAGAAAUCUAACACUGAGUUGGGUGUAUAUUGGGUGUGGAGAAGUUUAACAAAAUGUGUGUGCUGUAUGUGUAAGUGUAACACAGAUUUGACUGUACAUGCUGUGUGUAGGAGUGUAACACAGAUUUGACUGUACAUGCUGUGUGUAGGAGUGUAACACAGAUACAUGCAGUAUGUAGAAGUGUAACACAGAUUUGCUGUGUGUAGAAGUGUAACACAGAUUUGACUACACAUGCUGUGUUGAGAGUGUAACACAGAUUUGACAAUACAUUCUGUGUGUAGAAGUGUAACACACAUUUUGACUAUACAUGCAGUAUGUAGAAGUGUAACAGAUUUGCUGUGUGUAGAAGUGUAACACAGAUUUGACUAUACAUGCUGUGUUGAGAGUGUAACAUAGAUUUGACAAUACAUUCUGUGUGUAGAAGUGUAACACAUACUUGACUGUACAUGCUGUGUGUAGGAGUGUAACACAUUUCACUAUACAUGCAGUGUGUAGAAGUUUAACACAGAUUUGACUAUACAUGCUGUGUGUGAAGUGUAAUACAUGUUGUUAUUGUUGUGUCGUACUGCCUGUACAGUAUGUUACUACAACAGGGACUUUCACUAUGCAAUAUUUUAGAUUCAUUUUAUACCUAAAAUGUUUUGUGUCAGUUAAUUUCAAAAAUGUAGAGAAAGCUUUGAUAUGUAAUUGUAUUUGAAAUAAAGUAAAAACAAAGUGCUUAGGUGAGAUUUAGACAGUACAUGUAUGUAGUCUGUAAAGGCUUUUGUUUGUGUUAAUAAUGCAGAAAUUUUGUAUAAGAAAUACUGGUUUUAGCUGUAAAGUAUGUUAUACUUUACUGGUGAAAUAUAAUUUUUUUGUAAAAAGUUUGUUUUUGUUAACAUUUUGGUUGCUGUUUGUUUUUAGGACAUUGAUAAUGAGAUGUUAAGUUGGAUGAAAUCCAAAUCAGUAUUUACUACAAAAACAACACACGUUUUGUUCUAAAAAGUUUGCUAGUAAAUUGUUUUUGAAAAGUUUCAAAACUUGAAACCAGAACUUCCUCUGAAAGUUGAAUGUGUUUGAGAGUGUUUUUUAGCUCACAUGUCACACAGUGACAGUGUGAGCUUUUGUGAUCGCGCAGCGUCCGUCGUCUGUCCGUGCGUGCGUCUGUGCGUAAACUUUUGCUUGUGACCACUCUAGAGGUCACAUUUUUCAUGGGAUCUUUAUGAAAGUUGGUCAGGAUGUUCAUCUUGAUGAUAUCUAGGUCAAGUUUGAAACUGGGUCACGUGCCCUCAAAAACUAGGUCAGUAGGUCAAAUAAUAGAAAAACCUUGUGACCUCUCUAGAGGCCAUAUUUUUCAUUGGAUCUGUAUGAAAGUUGGUCUUAAUGUUCAUCUUGAUGAUAUCUAGGUCAAGUUCGAAACUGGGUCACGUGCUGUCCAAAACUAGGUCAGUAGGUCUAAAAAUAGAAAAACCUUGUGACCUCUCUAGAGGCCAUAUUUUUCAAUGGAUCUUCAUGAAAAUUGGUCAGAAUGUUCAUCUUGAUGAUAUCUAAGCUGAGUUCGAAACUGAGUCAUGUGCGGUCCAAAACUAGGUCAUUAGGUCUUAAAAUAGAAAAACUUUGUGACCUCCCUAGAGGCCAUAUUUUUCAUUUAUCUUCAUGAAAAUUAGUCAGGAUGAUCAUCUUGAUGAUAUCUAGGCCGUGUUCGAAAGUGGGUCACGUGCGGUCAAAAACUAGGUCAGUAGGUCUAAAAAUAGAAAAACCUAAUAACCUCCCUAGAGGCCAUAUUUUUCAACGGAUCUUCAUGAAAAUUGGUCAGAAUGUUCAUCUUGAUGAUAUCUAGGCCAUGUUCGAAAGUGGGUCACGUGCGGUCAAAAACUAGGUCAGUAGGUCUAAAAAUUGAAAAACCUUGUGACCUUCCUAGAGGCCAUAUUUUUAAAUGGAUAUUCAUGAAAAUUAGUCAGAAUGUUCAUCUUGAUGAUAUCUAGGCCAUGUUCGAAACUGGGUCAUGUGCGGUCCAAAACUAGGUCAUUAGGUCUAAAAAUAGAAAAACCUUGUGACCUCUCUAGAGGCCUUAUUUUUGAAUGGAUCUUCAUGAAAAUUAGUCAGAAUGUUCACCUUGAUGAUAUCUAGGUCAUGUUGGAAAGUGGAUGACGUGUGGUCAAAAACUAGGUCAUUAGGUCUAAAAAUAGAAAAACCUUGUGACCUCUCUAGAGGCCAUACUUUUCAUGAGAUCUUCAUGAAAAUUGGUCAGAAUGUUCACCUUGAUGAUAUCUAGGUCAAGUUCGAAACUGGGUCACAUGCCUUUAAAAACUAGGUCAUUAGGUCAGAUAAUAGAAAAACCUUGUGACCUCUCUAGAGGCCAUAUUUUUCAAUGGAUCUUCAUGAAACUUGGUCAGAAUUUUUAUCUCAAUAUCUAGGUCAAUUUCAAAACUGGGUCACAUGAGCUCAAAUACUAGGUCACUAUGUGAAAUAAUAGAAAAAAACGACGUCAUACUCAGUUCAAAACUGGGUCAUGUGGGGACAGGUGAGCGAUUCAGGACCAUCAUGGUCCUCUUGUUUACUUCUUUAAUGAGAAGUGGUGUCAUUGAUACUUUUCAAACAUUGAUGUUGUAUAAUAUGGUUUAGAAUGUAAAUAGCAAAAUUUUGAAUCUCUAUCUAUUGUCUCCCUUCACUCCAUCCAACAUAUUUCACCCCUAGAUACAAAGUAUAAGGGGCUUUAUUUGAGUCAUAUACAUCAGUUUGUUUGUUGGGUAGCCUGUUGGUAUUUCCUUCCAAAAGGAUUAUCUCAGAAACUGUUUAAUCCGUUCUCAAAAAAAACAACAACACAGAAAUGUUCACUUUUAUAAUAAGACAAGAUACACAACAGACCCAUGUUACAUGUUACUAGUUUCGUGGUCAGUGUCAAAUUUUUGAGGUCAAGUGUCAUGGCCCCAAGAUUUUACCUCUCUACAUGGGAGUGGCGUUUGGAGAGAAUCAAUCAUCUUCAUUUAUUUAGGAAUUAUUAUAGUCCAAAAAGUGAUUAAUCUUUAACCUGCUAAAUUUCUAACAUGGACUGGUCCAUCAUUCAAUUUAGGCAAUGCCAUCUAUUUAAUCAAAUGGGUAUUUACUGAAAAUUUACUUACUGAAUAGCGAACAGUGCAGACCAUGAUCAGCCUGCACUGGCCGCAAAGGCAAUAUCGCUUGCCACCAGCAGGCUGAAGGUUAAAAUGGUGAUUUAGUUGCAUAAUAAUAUCACAGUAUCACUAUUCUGUAGGAACAAAGUUGAUCAAUAGUUUUGAAAACUGGUAGUGCAAUAAAGUUAUGGUUGAUCUCUGUACAUAUUAUUGGUUAUGUUUUUGUUGUAAUUUGUAUGUAGCCAGUGAACAUAAAUGCUUUUUAUGCUAGAGAAGUACAGAACAACUCUGAGAUACAGUAUAAUAUAUAUAAGAUAAUGUAGAGCAAUAUGUAAUCACUGUUCAGUCUUAUACUUAUAAGAUAAUGUAGAGCAAUAUACAAUCACUGUUCAGUCUUAUAAGAUAAUGUAGAGCAAUAAGCAAUCACUGUUCAGUCUGUAAGGUAAUAUAGAGCAAUGUGCAAUCACUGUUCAGUCUGUAAGAUAAUGUAGAGCAAUAUGCAAUCACUGUUCAGUCUGUAAGAUAAUGUAAAGCAAUAUGCAAUCACUGUUCAGUCUUAUAAUAUAGAGCAGUAUGCAAUCACUGAUAAUAAAGAGCAAUAUGCAAUCAUUGUUCAGUCUUUAAGAUAAUAUAGAACAAAAUGCAAUCACUGUUCAGUCUUUUAAGAUAAUAUAGAACAAAAUGCAAUCACUGUUCAGUCUGUAAGAUAAUAUAGAACAAAAUGCAAUCACUAUUCAGUCUUACAAGAUAAUAUAGAGCAUAUGCAAUUACUGUUCAGUCUGUAAGAUAAUGUCGAGCAUAUGCAAUCACUGUUCAGUCUGUAAGAUAAUAUAGAACAAAAUACAAUCAUUGUUCAGUCUUUUAAGAUAAUAUAGAACAAAAUGCAGUCACUGUUCAGUCUUUUAAGAUAAUAUAGAACAAAAUGCAAUCAAUGUUCAGUCUUACAAGAUAAUGUAGAGCAUAUGCAAUCACUGUUCAGUAUUAUAAGAUAAUGUAGACCAAUAUGCAAUCACUGUUCAGUCAGUUGAACAUCCAUAUUUAUUGUUUAUCAUUGCUGUGUUUCACAAAAUGUAAAACAUGCAGGCAAGCUUUAGUUGCAUUUUGCUCUUUGCAGAUUUUAUAAUGCAAAUGUAUCUAAUAAAUUUGAUGUUUGUAGUAUAUAGAUGUAUUUAAUCCCCCCUCCCACUAUGUAGCAUGUAAGGUCCUUCCAUAUAACCAGGCAUUCCUGUUGAAGAUGCAGUAUAUUUGCAGCAAUAUUUGCUGUGUUAUUUUCAGAUUUAUUUUUAGCUCGCCUGUCACAAAGUGACAAGGUGAGCUUUUGUGAUCGCGCGGUGUCCGUCGUCCGUCCGUCCGUCAGUCCGUGCGUCCAUAAACUUUUGCUUGUGACCACUCUAGAGGUCACAUUUUUCAUGGGAUCUUUAUGAAAAUUGGUCAGAAUGUUCAUCUUGAUGAUAUCUAGGUCAAGUUCGAAACUGGGUCACGUGCGGUCAAAAACUAGGUCAGUAGGUCUAAAAAUACAAAAACCUUGUGACCACUCUAGAGGUCACAUUUUUCAUGGGAUCUUCAUGAAAGUUAAUCAGAAUGUUCAUCUUGAUGAUAUCUAGGUUAAGUUCGAAACUGGGUCACAUGCGGUCAAAAACUAGGUCAGUAGAUCUAAAAAUAGAAAAACCUUGUGACCACUCUAGAGGUCACAUUUUUCAUGGGAUCUUUAUGAAAGUUGGUCAGAAUGUUCAUCUUGAUGAUAUCUAGGUCAAGUUCGAAACUGGGUCACGUCCAGUCAAAAACUAGGUCAGUAGGUCUAAAAAUAGAAAAACCUUGUGACCUCUCUAGAGGCCAUAUAUUUCACAAGAUCUUCAUGAAAAUUGGUCAGAACAUUCACCUUGAUGAUAUCUAGGUCAAGUUCGAAACUCGGUCACGUGCCGUCAAAAACUAGGUCAGUAGGUCAAAUAUUAGAAAAACCUUGUGACCUCUCUAAAGGCCAUAUUUUUCAUUGGAUCUGUAUGAAAAUUGGUCUGAAUGUUCAUCUUGAUAAUAUCUAGGUCAAGUUCGAAACUGGGUCACGUGCUAUCAAAAACUAGGUCAGUAGGUCUAAAAAUAGAAAAACCUUGUGACCACUCUAGAGGUCACAUUUUUCAUGGGAUCUUUAUGAAAGUUGGUCAGAAUGUUCAUCUUGAUGAUAUCUAGGUCAAGUUCGAAACUGGGUCACGUCCAGUCAGAAACUAGGUCAGUAGGUCUAAAAAUAGAAAAACCUUGUGACCUCUCUAGAGGCCAUAUAUUUCACAAGAUCUUCAUGAAAAUUGGUCAGAACGUUCACCUUGAUGAUAUCUAGGUCAAGUUCGAAACUCAGUCACGUGCCGUCAAAAACUAGGUCAGUAGGUCAAAUAUUAGAAAAAUCUUUUGACCUCUUUAGAGGCCAUAUUUUUCAAUGGAUCUUCAUGAAAAUUGAUCUGAAUGUUCACCUUGAUGAUAUCUAGGUCAGUUUCGAAACUGGGUCAUGUGCGGUCAAAAACUAGGCCAGUAGGUAUAAAAAUAGAAAAACCUUGUGACCUUUCUAGAGGCCAUAUUUUUCAUGAGAUCUUCAUGAAAAUUAGUGAGAAUGUUCACCUUGAUGAUAUCUAGGUAAAGUUCAAAACAGGGUCACGUACCUUCGAAAACUAGGUCAAUAGGUCAAAUAAUAGAAAAACCUUAGAGACCAUAUUUUUCAAUGGAUCUUCAUGAAAAUUGGUCAGAAUUUUUAUCUUGAUAAUAUCUAGGUCAAGUUCAAAACUGGGUCACAUGAGCUCAAAAACUAGGUCACUAUAUCAAAUAAUAGAAAAAACGACGUCAUACUCAAAACUGGGUCAUAUGGGAAGAGGUGAGCGAUUCAGGACCAUCAUGGUCCUCUUGUUAUUUAGUUUGAUUUUUAUUGGUGCCAUUUGUUACAGGUUUUUCAGGUGCUUUUAUAACUAUGUAAUCAUUUUGUUGUAGUAUUUUUUGUUACUUGUACAAAUUUAGUGCUCACCUGUUACAUGGUAACAAGCAAUAGUUGCAUAAUACCAUCACUUGUUUCAUUUUGUAGUCUGCAUUUAUGAUUCUAUGUGGGCACAUGGUUAUACAACUUAGUUUAGAGAUCAGUGGCAAAACUCAAGUCAACUCUCCUUGUUUUAAAAUGAGCCAGUGGAAAGUGUCAUCCAAGUACUGGUCUUCAGACUCGAGUUUUAUAACCUUUGGCCUAUGCUUUUAAUCUCCAGUUUCAUCAUUCCAGACUUCUUGUCUACUUGACAGGAAGACAUUCAGACUGAAUUCUGACUUGCAUGUUAGUCCCUCAUGAUUUGCUCAGUAGGUAGAACACUAGACAAUGAAUAAAGAGGUUGCAAGUUUGAUCCCUGGGUAACCCAAAGUCCUCUGUGACAUUUUGACAAGAAAUGAUACAGUUAAUCUUCUCUUAUACAGGGGUGAAAGCUGUAAAUUACUUGAGGAAAGUCAGUACUGGGAUCCAGGAACACUGGUUAGAUUAACACACUGCUGUUAUACAACAGCAGGGUUGAAAAACAUUGUAAAAACUACUCUUAUUGUAGGGCAGAUUUUUCUAGUCUUAUCAAAGCAAGGCAAUAUACCUUGCUUUAAAAUCCAGAAAAGGGGUUGGUCAUGUACAUUUAAUCCAUUUUGUUAAAGCAUUGUGUUGCAACAAGUAAUAUUGCAUUUUUUUCUGAAAAUACUGAUGAAAUAUUUCACAUAUGUAUUUAUAUACACAAACUGAAAAUCUUAGCUUGAAAUGGUACUGAAACCCAUAGAAGCUAGUGUGUUAGGUAACAUACUCAUUUGGAUUUUUUUUCAUUUUCAGCAUACGAUUUUCUGCAAUUUGGUGUCAUUUGGAGUAAAAAUAUAUACUAUAGAAAGUAAUACUGAAAACCGUGCUUAUGUCACGCUAUGCGCCUGCUUUCUCAUUUGAAAGACAAUCUUUAGUUAUACUGUCAUCACUGUAAGUAAAUUUUUGAUGAUAAAUUAUAUGAAUUAGUUAUAAAAAGCUUGUAUUGUUUCAGCUACAGUGAAAUAAUUUAAUAUAAAUAUGGCCAAAAGUUUUUUUGAGGUAAUCUAGGAGAGGUAUUUCAUGGGGUUAAAAGUGAAUGGAAGCUUUGCUUGCUUGCGGCUGCAUGAGUAACACAAUUUUGUCCCCCACAAACAAAUGACAAUUUACUGUAGUUUAUAUGUUUUUUAAUUGUUCUUCAAUUAAUUAAUGAAAAGCAUUAAACUGGAAUGCAGAUAUAAUUAUUUCUCCCUAUUUGUAGGGAGAUAUAUGAAUGUUGUAUAUCUGUCUGUCACAAAAUUUUGUUUGGACUCUUCCUUUGAAAUAAAUAUAAACUUUGUAGGGAUACUCAGAGCCAUGGCUUCUUUUACAUUUUGUUGGUAUUUUUAGGUUUAAAUGCAUUUUACUGAAGUAAUAACCCCUUAAAGGUCAGUUUUAGCUUAUUAGAGAGUUAUGUUGUUAGACUAGCAAUGGUGAAGUUAAUUUCCCUUAAAGGUCAGUUUUACUUAUCUGUUUGGUUUAGUAGCAGGAGCAGGACUAACUUUCUUCAUAUGGCUAUAAUUAUGGAAACCCUAAAAUCUGCUCAGAAACUGCUGGUCUGAUUCUGAAAAAAAAAUUAACAGAAAUGUUCCUUUAAAUAGGUGAUCCUUUACCAAAAUUAUUCAGUUUAGCUUUGAAACAAAGAUGAAAAAUCUAGGGCCAUCAUUGCCCACUGCCUUCACCCUACUUCCUGUUCAGUAUACAUUUACCCAUUUACCAUUCUUCUCCAGCAAAGGGCAUUCUUUAUCUUUCCAUAUAGAUGAAGCAGUAUGGAGAGUCAUGUGUGCUUUUACUAAAUGCAGUCUCUAGUUUGAUGUAAGUUUGAUCAUGAGAUUGAUUUUUAUUGCCAAUUUUUGAAAAAAAGUACAGGUUACUUAACUUUUGACAAUCUGUUUUUGAAUCUGUUAGGGGAUUACUCUAAUUGUUGUUUUUUGGCUUUGUGCAUGUUCUAUACUUUGAUGUUGAAAUUGUUGUUACUUUGUAGUCAUUUGUAUUAUAGACCAUCCUAAAUUGAUAUUUAGAAGACUCAUCUUGCUUAAUCAUAGGUUCAUAGGAAGCACUUAAGCUGCUUAUGAUGUUUUGUCACUCAGCUUUUACUUUGAUCUAUACUUCCAUUAAACAUUGAGACUUUUUUUUACUGUAAUGAUAAGCUAGACCUAGCAAUUGCAAAAUAAGAAAAAAUGAAUUGAAUACUCUUCAGUUUAAUAAAUAUAAUGCUAUAUAGAAUGUUUUGGCCUUUCUAUUUAAAGAAAAAUAUUGAUUAAGGAUGGUCUAAUUUUGAAGUGCAAAACAAUCUUGCAUACAUAUAUCUACUCUUUACUGUGUUCAAUAAUGAGUUGCUUCGAUGAUGCAAUCAUAUAUUAAUGCAUUUUAUUUGUUUUGAAAAGGAUUCAAUAAAGAAGUUUUAAGCAUUUUUA